UAGUUGUACACGAAGUAUAAUUCUUUUUAUUAAAAUAAAUCAAGGAAAAUGAAUUUGAGUAAUAUACGAAAAAUAUUCCGAGAAUCUCAAAAAUUUUUAUCAAAAUUUUAUCAAUAUUUUGAGAUGAUACAUAAAUUAUGUUUUGAUGUCACGCGUUUCUCGUGCGUCACUUCCAGCCAAUGAGCGCGCUCGAAUCAUAAAUUCUGAACAUAUCGCUAUGAUUUAUCCAACUGGUGGAAAAACGGCAGAAAAAUCGAAGAAAGCUUUCCGUACCGUACGGAAUUUGAAUUCUUUUGCGAAAAUAUAGACAUAUCAAGAGUUUCGAAAGUAUUGAUCUCUUGGUUUACCGACUCGCGAGUCGUUUCUUUGAUGAAAUUAAACGGGAGUCCUGACAACUGCACGAUACUGCACGAUCGAUGUCGUAAGACGCUGACAUUUAAAAAUACCGCGCAUAGAUUUCGGCCAUUUUGCUUUUUCUGACGACGCUGCUAAUAGGUGCUUGACAACAGGUGGCGUUGCCUGUCUACUCGUUGCGUUCCAAGAUGGAACCAGAUGAAACUUGAAUGUUCACCGCAGCUGAAAGGUAAUUAUGAGGUAGUAUGUAGAAGUUCGGAUCGUCGAGUGUGCGCUAUCUUAUAAGGAGACGCUGUUAGGAGCUGGGACAUUCUUCAUUGAUGUAAGCAACGAGAUGAUUCGAGCCGCUUCAAAAUCGCAAUAGAAAAUUUGGUCGAAAAUUGAUGCGAGACGCGGAUGAUGAGACAUGCUAAUGCGAAACGAAUUUUGGACUAAUUAUAUCUACGCGCUGUUCGCUGUCAUCACUACCGUCGUUGUCGUCGUCACCGUGAUCGUCGUCGUCACCGCUGUGAUUACAUCUCGCCUAUCGUCACUGUCGUUGUCAUCGUUGCUGUCACACAGUCUUUUCUAUCGUUAUCAUCACGGUAACGGUUAGUGAAAAUGUACCGCUGUUAACGACAGUGUGCGUUACAUGUUAGAACAUGUCCGCGCAACAACCGUAGCAAGCGGCAUCAUCUUCUCCGGGAUUUGGCCAGCCGGCUGUCUACGAGCUAACCCUUACGUGGCCGUGGAAGGACUCCAUAGCCUCGUUGUGGCCGGACAGUAUUUACUGUGUCCGGGAACAACGAGACAACCUGACAACAUACGAAGACAUGAAGUGGCUUGGGACGAGUAGCGGAGGUGCCGGAGGCGAACCGGCUUCCUCCAUGCAACUGCAUCACACCUCCGCCAAUGGCCACAUAUCUACGGAUACUGAACAGUGUGGUCAAGUAAUGGCUGGUGGUGAUAACAUGCGAAUUCAACCUGGUCAGACUCAUCAAAUGGGUGUGAGUAGAACUCAGGAUGAUGCCAUGGUUAGCUACGUAUUUCAACGACCUACGGAGCCAGAAUUUAAUACUCAGUCAUCAACUUUCCAAGCUAAACAAGCUCCACGCACUUGGGCUUUAGCAGACGAUGUUAUCGUUGAUAAUAAUCAAGAGAAAUGGAAAUAUCCUAUGGCUAAACUUGGUGUACCUCAACAAAGUCAAUCUCAACAACUUGGAUUAACUAUGAAUAACGUACAUUUGAGUAAUGUACCAUAUGAGAUACAUCCAAUGCAGUUAAAAAGUGGAGCACCAGGAACGGAACACUUGGUUUAUCUAAAUAACCAAAUGACUGCUCAACAACAAGUUGCCCUUUUUCAUCAUCAACAGCAACAGCAACAAUUCAGAAAUGGACAGAUUGCUCCCUCGACAAAAAAGCUCUGGGGCAUGGACGAGGGCAGUUCCAAGGAUGAAGGGAGUGUAAAAGGUGGUGGGAACUUGCUUCACCUGGGUGACCACCAGACCACCAUGUGGCGAGAUUCUACCUGGAGCACGUCAGAUCAUGCGGUUUCACAACCCAUUUCAAUGGGUACCGGUAGACGUGUGGGUGUUGGAACUGGAUAUCACCAUCAAGCGUCCGAAGUUGGAACAGUGCUCAGUCCUAGAAGCAGUGAAACAGGUGGUUUGGGAGUUAAAAUGGUUGAAUAUGUCCUUGGAACGAGUCCUACUACACCAAAAGAUCUGGAACCUCGAAUGGUUUCUCUGAGAUUGAAUCCAGAUACUGACAAGAAAGAAAAAGAGAAAGGAUCGGCAAGUCCCUUUGACAGUACAAAGGAUGAUACUGGGCCACAAGGCAAUGGUUUGGCUUCUCAAAAUGGUCUCGACGACGACAAAGGAUUUAAUCGCACACCUGGAAGCCGCCAACCAUCUCCCGGUGAGGAAGAGUUUCAAAAGAACGCCGCCGCGACUUUGGCCGUAAGCGCCGGUGGCGGUGGCGUUGUUCUUUUGAAACCUGGGGUUGACGUUGUCGGCAAUGAGGAACACUUUAUGGCGGCAUUUGCGGCGGCCCCGCCACAUCAUUUACAACAUCAUCAAGCUCCACCAACUCAUCAUCUGCAACAUCCGCAUUCGCAUGCAGCAGCGCAACUUUUUGGAGCACAAGCUCCACCGCCACAGGGUCCACCGCCGUCGCAACAACAACAACAACAACAAGGUCCUCCACAGCCGCAAGACACUACUACACAUUUUGACGUUCAGCAACUGUUUCGCAGUCAAACUCAGGGAACACCGCAACAAAUAUUGCUGCAGCAACAUCAGCAGCAACAUCAACAGCAGUAUCUCGCUGCGUCUCAAGCGCAGCAGCAGCAACAGCAGCAGCAGCAGCAACAAAACUUCCCCACGGCACCGUACACCGUUAUCAGCGGUCAGGAACCUUACGUAGGAGCGUUAAUAGCUGGCGCACCACCUCCAGUGGUCCCGCAGUACUAUGGGGUCGGAUCUGUACCCUGGGUCUAUCCGGCUGGAUUGUUGCCGCAAGCUCCGCCACAAGCAGCCGCACCACCACCACCUCGACGACCGCUUACACCCUCUUCAGCAGCAGCAGCGGCUGCCGCCGCGCAGGACACCGCGAACAAUCUGGCACAGACGGUGAGCUGGCCACUGCUAGAAGUUCAGGGACAGUAUCAAGUUAUACCAGCUUAUUAUGAUCAGAACGGCUCGAUUGUCAUGGGUGGAGUGCGCGGUUUGAGUUCAGCAGCGACCCCAAUGAGAUUGGUCAGUCCCGCGCCGGUUCUUGUUAACAGAGCUCCGUCUCAACCUCCACCGGGUCCACCGGCUCCGCCGCCGCCGAACCUAUAUUCUCAACCGACUCCGACAUCACACAGCAACGCUACACCCGGCGAAUGUCUCGGUCUGGCAGCGUGCAGCGCAGCGGCAGUGGUCGCGCAAGCUCAAGCAGUUGCAGUGCAACAGGCGCAGCAGCAAGGAUCGGGACUUGCCGCGGGUUUAGCGGCACUAGGAUACGGCGGCUCCCCGCUCGGAGCACUGGGCUCGCCUGCCCAACUACAGAACACAGGUUUAGGACUCGGUGCAUCUUCAACUGGCAGACGAGAUUCCUUUGAUAGAAAUACUUCAGCCUUCAGCCCAAGCUUGGAAUAUAGCCGGGCAAAGUGGCCUCAGAGUUACGGCGCCCUCGAUACAGGAAUUUGGGACAAUACGUACCUAGAUACAGGUUGGGACAGAUUGUAUCUAACAGAUACUACAGAUACAAGUACUUCUUCCAAAGAGUACUUGAAUAAAGAUACAGGUACAGUCACUGCGUCACCAAGUCCUCUGGGAUUGUCUUUAACACCACCACCAACUUUAGGAGGAUCCCUGAGUGGUCUUGUCGGAGGAGCUAGUCGUGUGUCAGCGGCUCCCGGUGCCGAAGCUAAAUUCCGUGCAAGUGCAGUCCCUGGUCUUACAGCAAAUGGAGUGUUUGGUUCUAGUAGCUCUCUGUUUCCCAAUCUCGUAGGAAAACCUGGCCGUGGUGGCGCCACUAAUAUCAACGACAAGAAUGCUGGAGGAAGAUCUCGUUUAUUAGAAGAUUUCCGAAAUAACAGAUUUCCAAGUCUUACACUUCGUGAUUUGACUAAUCACAUAGUUGAAUUUAGUCAAGAUCAGCAUGGCUCACGAUUCAUUCAGCAGAAAUUGGAACGAGCUUCGGCUAGCGAGAAACAGCUCGUGUUUCAAGAAAUUCUUGCUUCUGCUUAUUCUCUCAUGACAGACGUGUUUGGAAAUUACGUCAUACAAAAGUUCUUUGAGUAUGGGACACCCGAACAAAAAUCGACACUUGCUCAAAAGGUUCGCGGACAUGUCCUGCCGUUAGCAUUGCAGAUGUACGGUUGCAGAGUAAUACAAAAAGCACUUGAAUCAAUCGGACCGGAACAACAACAGGAAAUCGUGCGGGAGCUAGAUGGGCACGUGUUGAAAUGCGUAAAAGAUCAAAAUGGAAAUCACGUCGUUCAGAAAUGUAUUGAGUGCGUAGAACCCCGAGCAUUGCAAUUUGUAAUAGGGGCAUUCGCAGGACAAGUUUAUUCUCUAAGUACUCAUCCGUAUGGUUGUCGAGUUAUACAGCGUAUUCUCGAACACUGCACUCCCGAACAAACUCAAGGAAUUCUGCAAGAGUUACACGCCGCUACUGACCAACUGAUUCAGGAUCAAUAUGGCAAUUACGUCAUACAACAUGUGUUAGAGCAUGGAAAGCCGGAAGAUAAAGCACAAUUGAUCAGCAGUGUUAGAGGCAAGGUGCUUGUUCUCUCCCAGCAUAAAUUUGCGAGUAAUGUGGUUGAAAAAUGCGUGACUCAUGCUACAAGACAAGAACGUGCUGUAUUGAUUGAAGAAGUCUGCGGCUUCAACGACAAUGCGUUGAACGUUAUGAUGAAGGAUCAGUAUGCCAACUACGUCGUACAGAAAAUGAUUGAUGUUGCGGAACCAGCGCAACGCAAGGUACUGAUGCAUAAGAUUCGUCCGCAUCUGGGAAGUUUACGCAAGUACACUUACGGCAAACACAUUAUCGUCAAAUUGGAGAAGUUUUUCAUGAAAACUGCCUCGGCAAUGGGAGUGGCAGCAACAGCAUCAGGUACGUCGACAAACAGCGGAGGCAGCGAUCUCGGUCCUAUCGGGCCGCCCGCAUCCGCAGCGUCCAGUCAAGUCUCGACGUCUAGCCAACCAUCGCCGCAAGUUUUAUAAACAUGCGCACGGAGCCUCUAUCUUCGUCGUGGAGAAGAAAACAAUUACACAAAGAAGAGGCAAGCAAAACCACAACCUCCACACAUGUCGCAUUCUUUAUUUUAUCUUAGCGAUAUCUGUUGUAUCGAUUGAAUAACGAGUUACGAUAAACCUCUUUUUCUUUUCGUUCUUUUUUCUCGUUCUGUCCUGUGCUUUCGGAGAUGGAAAAAAAAAAACAAACAAACAAAAACAAAGAAGUAAUGUAACUUGCGCGUGGAGAAACUUCGGACAUUGUUUCUCACGAACGACUUGUUAACAUAUGUGUCUUUUUGUUAAUUUUUGCAAUCGUUAAGUCGACAUUUUUUAUAAUAUGGUUUCUUCGGGGCCCUGGACAUUACGAGAACACGGUAACUAAGAAAAAUAUAUAUAUACUAUACACGAAAGAACAGUCUGUAGACACAAGGAUAGAUAUGUUUGCAAUGCAUUUUUCUAUCGUGCAAGUACCUCCGCGCGAAGGAGUAACACGAACGUAGAGAUAUUGCAUUACCAAUAUGUAACACGGGUGUAAAAUUACACUUUAAAUUUGAGUGUGAAAUUACGCUGUAAUUUCGGGUUUCUAAAUGAUGUUUCUCACGAUUGGCAAGUUUUUAGAUUUAUGCUAAACGUUAAUAUCACACUGUAUGCGUUUUGGCAGUCUUGCGUCGCGCAAAAUCUAUAAAACUUUCGUAAUAUUUUUAAAGAGGGAAAUCGCUUGAUUAUUAGAUUAUCGUGAAAGGUAAUUACGCUGGAUUAUUAGAUGCGUUGUAAUUAAAAAUUUAGAGCUCCAUCUUUCGGUAAAGAGUAAAUUUAAAGCGGAGCACUAUGGUGAAUAGACAAAGCGCGGCUAGUUGAGAUUGUACUCGGCGGACAUAUUCAAGCUUUUAUGAAGGCGAUAAGAUUAAAAAAAAAAAAAAAAAAAACACAGACUUUUAGACGGUUAGAUCUUAGUGCUGCAUGUGCAUUUAUAUCGACUUGUACGAGGGUUGUAACACACACAUAU